AUGCCCUACGCUCUUCUGACGGCUCGCUACAACUCGGCACAAGGCAGCUACGAAUGUGUGCAUCUUGACGAUCCGUCUGGACUGAUUUUGAACCGCUUCAACACUGAGGAAAUGAAGGCGCGGAAGAGAUCGGGCUUCAACAACUCAAAUGGCUAUUUUAGUGACCCAAUCAAGCUCUACACCUCACCACUGAUCGUUCUAAACGCGGCUGAAGAGCUGGGAUUUGAGCUACAAUCCGGGCCGCCAAGAAUUUCGACGGACGCCAUAAUACUGACUUACUCCUGGCAUCUCUACAAAGAUUCCAAGCCGCUUUUCACACUUUCUGCUCAU